AUGGCUCUUCCUGUAGCGCAUGUGCGGCCCAGAACAUCUAAGGGCAUGAUAGACCUGUUAUUGCCCAACAUCACCCUGCUUAGCGCAGCCGUAGGCUCCGCUCCUGCUGGUGCCCUUCCGUCAGUUCUUUUAGAUUUCAUCCUUCAUUUUCGGGACCAGACCCUGAUUCCCUGCUACCCAUGGUAG